CGUCAUCUGUGUUGUGGGGUGACGUAGACAAGACGAGACCAACGCUAGCAGAAAGAGGACAGAGUCCACUAAUCGCUCAGCCGCGAUUCAAUUGACCUUGCCGCUGACGCCAAAUAACGCAGCGUCAAGAAAACAUGGCCACCGCACACUUGUCAGCCAGCUCGGGAAUGAGGUUGUCCAAAGAGCAUUUCCUGGUCGCGGUGCCUGUGGCAGUUGUCGCAGCCGUAGGAGGCUUCCUGGUGAGCCGUUACCUGAGUGGGCGGAGUUGCAAGAAGGGCCCGGUGAACAUAUGUAUCAACAAAGACAGUCCCAAAGUGGUGCACAGCUUUGACAUGGAGGACAUUGGCACCAAAGCUGUGUACUGCCGCUGUUGGAGGUCAAAGAAGUUCCCUUACUGUGACGGCGCCCACAGCAAGCAUAACGAGGAAACCGGUGACAAUGUGGGCCCUCUCAUCAUCAAGAAGAGGGACGUUUGAGUCAAGCAAGCCCAACUGUGGCGCUUUCUCCUUCAUGUCUCCCUGUUUGUCUAUGUGGCGUAAUGGCGUCGCAAGGACAACUCACUUGUAUUAUGUCGUCGCAACAAAUCACGCAGGCCUCAUUAGACUCUACUACCGCAAUAACUAAAGUGAAAGUAUUACGAUGAAAUGAAACAUUUACAGAGAGAUGAUGAAUGGUCAGAGCUGAUGUGCUAGAGUUAAAGCUUUGGAAGGGUUUGUGUCUAAACUCCCUUUGUCCUCAUAUAAGGGAACUCAUGGCCUUAAAUACUGUUCCAAGACACACUACAAAGAUGAAUGUUGCUCGUUUUAAGCCAAGAGCUCGAUGUUGGUCUUGAAAUCAUCCUGUUUGUUUCUAAUAAACGUCAAUCAGUGCUGCUUCUGUAUCAUGAAUAAAGUUUUUUUGUUUUUGCGGGA